GAUACGCAUGCAAAUUUCGCGAACGCAUCUUGGGUAUAAAAGUCGUCGUUUUUUUGGCCAAGGUAUGUCAGUUCAUUUUCGUUAACCGACAGUGACAAUCGCACCAAACCCCACCCAAGCCGCACAAUGAAUCCUCUGACGGUUGUUGCAGUCCUCUCCUCGAUGGCCCUGUCCGCUCAGGCUGGUCUGGCGCCCUUCUCCGCUCCCCUGGCGGCGGCUCCUCUGGGUGCCCCUCUGGCUGCUCCCCUGGGAGCUCCUCUGGCCUACUCGGCACCUUUCGGAGCUGCUCCGUACUUUGCCCCGGCUGCGUACUCCGCUCCCUAUGUAGCGGGUCCUGCUCCUCUGGUGGCUAAGACCUACGCUGCUGCUCCUCUGGCUGCUCCCGUGGCUGCUCCUCUGGCUGCUCCCGUGGCUGCUCCCGUGGCUGCUCCAGUUCUGGCCAAGACCAUUGCUGCUCCAGUUGCCGCUCCUCUGGCUGCUCCCGUUGCCGCUCCUCUGGCUGCUCCCGUUGCUGCUCCUCUGGCCGCUCCAGUCGCUGCUCCCAUUGCCACCGAGAUCGUCGAUGCCUACCCCCAGUACAAGUACGCCUACGAUGUCCAGGACACUCUGACCGGUGACUCCAAGACCCAGGAGGAGACUCGUGAUGGUGACAUCGUCCGCGGAUCCUACUCCCUGAUCGAGCCCGACGGUUCCCGUCGCAUUGUCACCUACUACGCCGAUCCCAUCAACGGAUUCAACGCUGUGGUCCAGAAGGAUGUGCCCGUGGCCGUUGCCCCAGUGGCUCCAGUCCUGGCUAAGACCGUCGGCGCUUCUCCUGUGGCUCCCGUGGUGGCUGCUGCCCCAGUGGCUCCCGCCUUCGCCAAGACCCUGGCCGCCCCCAUCGUUGUCUAAGGGAGAGGAGGAGAAAGAGGAAGGAUAGACCGCAAUUCGACAAAGGACUUUCAUCUGUACAUAUUCGAUUAAUCAUUGUCGUGCUUAAAAAAUAACUUUCAUCGCAAAAAACUAAAUAAAAAAAAUCUUUUAAAACAAAAAA